UUCUUUCACCAGUCGUAGUCGUCGUACCGCCUAUCCCGGCUGCACAAGAAAAUGUGAGCUCUAUUAGAAUCGGGAAAUAAUAUUAAAUAUUACUCUUAUUAUUAUCAUCCGUAUUGUUUAAUAUUUAUUCUUCUACAACUUCAUUAAAGUAUACUUUUGUGUGUCCAAAAUGAAGUACUACGGUGUGUUCUCGGAAGGAAGCAAAGUUAAUCAAGUGUUAUGCGCCAUUUUAAUAAACAUUCCAGUGUUUUCGUACGGUACCUGUGUGGGAUGGAUGUCUCCUAUGUCGUUGCUGCUGCAGUCAGACCGAUCACCUAGAGAAACUCCACUUACUGACGUAGAGAUAUCAUGGAUGGCUGCUGUACCUUACGUAGUGUGUGUAUGUUUUGACUUUUUAAUAGCUGAGAUCUCAGACAAGUUCGGCAGAAAAUUCGCAACAAUAUUCAUGUCAUGUGGAAAUAUUGCGAGUUGGGGCCUACUGCUAAUAUGUACGGACUUUUGGGCGCUGAUACUCGCCCGUGCCAUUAUAGGUAUCAGCAUGGCUGGCUCAUUUGUCACCUGUCCCAUGUAUACCAAAGAAAUCAGCGACGACUCAAUCAGAGGGUCUUUAGGAUGUUUGGUAAUACUGUUCCAAACGUCAGGAAAUUUGUUUCUAUAUGUGAUAGGCGAUAUUUUUGACUACUACACCAUACUAUGGAUCUGUAUCGCAAUUCCUGUGGUACAUAUUCUCCUGUUUUUAUAUAUGCCAGAAUCGCCGUCAUAUUUAAUCAAGAAAAAACAAAAUGAGAAAGCCAUCAAAGCCUUAGCAUGGUUAAAAUGCAAGGGCGAGAUGGACAGUGACGUGACGAGGGAGGUUGAUCUCAUCACCAAGGAGCAAGCCAGCGAUGAGAAGCCAAACAGCUUCUUACUCAAAACUAUGCUUUCUGACAAACUACUCCGUAGAGUGUUCACUAUAGCAAUGGUAGUGACUCUUGCAAGGGAAGUGUGCGGCGCCGUUCCUGUCUUGAAUUUCGCUGGAGACAUUUUCGCCUUUGCUUCGAGUGAUUCUGCAGUUGUUUUCAGUCCAAACCAACAAGCGAUGAUCCUUGGAGCGGUGCAAGUGAUUGGAUCUGUGCUUGCAUCGAGCGUUGUUGAGAAAACUGGAAGAAAGUCGUUGCUAUUCAUAUCAUCUUUACUAUCCGGACUGAGUAUGUGUGCACUGGCCAGUUGGUUCUUACUCAGGGACUUCAACAUCGGAGCACCAUCGUGGAUACCACUGUUGACUCUUUGUUUGUGCAUUUUCUGUGACGCCUCCGGGCUUCAACCCAUCUCUGUGGUGUUGUGCGGUGAAAUAUGUUCCUAUAAGUACCGAAGCACAGUCAUGGCCGUCACGAUGGCGACAUCCUCGUUAGCAGACUUCGUCCAGCUGUUGCUAUUCAAGCCGCUAGCUAAUGUUAUUGGAAUCCACGUUGCGUUCUAUUUCUUCGGCGGCAUUUGCCUCUUGAUGGCCGUGUACGUCAUAUUCCAAAUCCCAGAAACGAAGGCCAGAAGUCUUGAAGAUAUUUACAGAGAUUUAUCCAAAGACGCAGCGAAGAAGGCGAAAGAAAAAGAGGCCGAAGCAACAGUAGCCGCUGUUGCAUGAAUUUUUAUUAUUUAUUUAUUAAAAUGUCAAAACCAA